UACUCCAUGCGGGAGUGAAGCCUCUUUGCCAGCAGUAUGUUUAACCUUUGAACUCCUGAGUGUGCGAGUCCUCCGCCAUAUUGACUGUUGUCUUGACUGGAGGAGAUAGAGAACAUUUUGAGGUCCGAGAAGAAACGAAAGUGUGCUCUUAAAAUCACCGAAACUGGUGCAAACUUGGUCAAAGCGUACUAUAAACAAGGUCGUAAUGGCAAGGAAGAAAAGCAAGCAGCAAGGGGUCGCCCAGAAGGAGCUUGUGCCUGGACAGCAGACCGCUCCGAAGAGCCCCGUCUCUCCCGGCGAUGCAGCUGGCGGUGGCGGCGGAGAUGCUGGGCUGGAUAGGCUGCCCACUACCAAGGCGAACCAGCCUAUGCACACCUGCUGUCUCCUGUGCCAUCGUGAAUUUAAGGACUGGGGAGCGAGUUCUGUGAACGGGCUUCCCGGGGGCCAUGGAACGAAGCUGGCCAACGCCGUGCCUGCGCUCUCCCAAGCUUUAUUGCGGGAGGCGCCAGGGCGUAAGCUCGCUGAUGCUGUGCCCUCACUAUCUCAGUCCCUGCUGGGAGAGGUGCCUCUGUGGAUCUGUCAGAGCUGCUGCAGGAGUGUAGAAGAGGAGGAGAAGCGGAGCACACAGGAGCAGCCAACACCGGUACCGUUGUCACACUCUCCCUCCUGUAAGUCCCAGAGCUGUGGGAACGGUUACCCAGAGCAAAGUACUGUGGACUGGGACCCGAGUUCUUUCCUGUCGGCUCACAAACUGUCGGGUCUCUGGAACUCUGCCCACACCAACGGAGGGGAACACUGCAACCACAGCACUUCUUCACACUCACAACAAGGUAUAACAGGAGUUUCAACCUGUCAUGAGAAAAGAGGACUUAAUGAAGCGCCAGGGAAAUCGGCUAAAACGUCAGGGAACAAAGUAUGUCCCUACAGUCACCCAUCAGCCCAGAAUUCCAGUGGAUCCUCUGCUGGGAACGCACUCUCUACCUCAGCAGACCUUUGUAAGACCACUCCCAAGCACUUCAAGACCAUGUGCCGUCGACCAACGCCACCAGGUGAAGCCUUCCACCCCAGUGACCACCAUCAACAUACAGACUUAUCGGUACCCCCCAACAGUCCCACCGGCCUGUCUUCCCAGCAUUCCUCUCUCCUACCCGCAAAGCCGAACUCUGGGCAGCACGGCCACGUGACCUCCUCUUGUGGCACUGGCGUCGCAGCGCACGCGCCAUUCUCCCCUCUGGUACCAAACCUCCACGGCCCUGCAGCCAAAAUCAAUUCUCUGAGCCCAGAUAGCCCAACAUCUGUCCAUAAACCCAGCCCGUGCAAAAACUCCCACAUUCCCGCUGUGAACGCACAACACAGCAAGCUGGGCACGUCUGUCGUGGGUUGUAACCACUCCUGUAAUGGGCACAAUCCGGGAACAGUAGCCACCUCCAAUGUAGGUCAUGUAACACCUGGGGCAUGCAGGGAUCAAGCAUGUAAGGGGCACAAGGUGACUAAUGGGACGCUAUGCCACCCUUCGUCUGAGCUGGAGGAGGGUGAGGAUGAAGACAGCAGCUCUGAGAGGAGCUCCUGCGCCUCUUCUUCCACAAAUCAGAAAGACGGGAAGUACUGCGACUGCUGCUACUGCGAGUUCUUUGGACACAAUGCGCCUCCAGCUGCACCGACCAGCCGAAACUACGCCGAGAUCCGAGAGAAGCUUCGCUCACGACUGACACGGCGUAAAGAGGAGCAGCGCCAAGAUUCAGAACUGACAGUGGCUGGUGCCAUCGACAACCGGGACGUGGACGAGCUGCUAGACUUUAUAAACAGUUCUGAGCCCAAACCUGUCAACAGUGCCAAGGCUGCCAAAAGGGCUCGACACAAACAAAAGAAAAAGGAAAAAGCUCAGCAGGGCAACACGGGCGCUGCAGGCAGUGACCCCCACUCCAAUCCAUCUGAGCCUGUCGACGAGCCCAUCCCUGAUGGUUCUGAAGCCAGUCGGUUGCUAGACUGGCCUCAGCUGGAACUUGAACGCGUUAAUAGUUUUCUCACAAGUCGGCUAGAAGAGAUUAAAAACACCAUCAAAGACUCAAUCCGGGCAUCGUUUAGUAUGUACGACCUCAAUCUGGAUGUCAAUGACUUCCCAAAGAAAGCAGCCACGUUGGAGGGAAACCAUUUACUGUCCCAUCUGAAUGGUUCCUCUGACUUGCAGCAGAUAGACCUUGACCUCUCUCCUCUUUCGCUGGGAACCUUUAAAAGCCACCUGGACCUGGUUAACGGAUGGGAGGACACAAACAUUGUCUCAUCUUCUAAUAGCACCACCAGCACCACCACUGCAUCAGGGGUUAGUGCAACUACAAAGGACAUCCAGCGGUUGCACAGUACCCCUAGUCUCUCUAAGCUCAUAAGAGUUCGCUCACCAGAAAGAUGCACUUCCACUGGAUCUGACAAUUUACCACAGGUGCCAGCUCAAGCGACAGCUAAAUCAAAAGAGGACGCCUCUGAUCUUAAGAACACAACUGUUGGGAGCAAUGGUGCAAAGUCAAAAAAGAAUAAAAAGCAGAGACAGGAACAGUCUGCGUCAGAGCAAAAUUCCAACAAACCAACCAAAGCCGGCUCUGGUAACGAGGCACAGAAAACCAAUGAGUCUAAAGAAACGGCAUCUAGUGGCUCAAAGUCUGGAAACAAACAGCCCCAGCUUAUCGCAGACCACCAGAAAAAUGGGCCUAAGAAAUCUGAAGAGAGCAGACCAUCCAAAUAUGCAACAAAUGGAGCAAACGGUGGCCCCUUGAGUGCACAAAGGGGGAAAAGCGACCCAGAGACACGAGGAGGCCGGUGUGAGCAGGAUUCAGAAAGCAAAACACAACCCGCUAUUCCAGCGAAUGGACAACAGCAACAGUCCAAGGGGAAAAAUAAGAAGAGCAAGAACAAGGGUGAAAAAUCCAACAGUGCAAUUGAUGAUGUAUUUCUCCCUAAAGAUGUGGAUCCAACAGAAAUGGAUGAGAUCGAUCGGGAAGUGGAAUAUUUCAAACGGUUUUGCCUGGAUUCUGCAAAGCAAACUCGCCAGAAGGUCGCAGUGAAUUGGUCCAACUUUAGCCUCAAAAAGGUUUCUUCCAAUGCAGCUCAAUAACUUGAACGAGUGCCAGAAAAAAAAACUUCCCACCACAAACUCUUUCGGUAGAGCCCUAUUUGGCCCAAGGCCAUCUCUCAUUCCCAGUUUUCUUCUCUUCCAUACUAAGCCAAGGGACCCUGGUUCAAAAUCAUACUCUCCAUUCAGAAGACUGAAACGUGUGGCUAACAAAGCCAGGGAUCAUACUCAAAGCCAACUCUACCCUCUGCUACUAUUUGCAAUGUUCACUAAGUAAGAGAUGCAAAAGUGGAAAAAAAAACAAGUCUGUUGAAUCAACUGCAUCCAUGUGCUUAAGUAUGUAGUAUGUAAUCAGCAACCGUACAUUAAAUAAAUGUUUUUUAUCACAAAUCUGAGACAUUUUAACGUCGUUAAACGUCUGAAUUCCACUUGAUUGAAUUUGGUGCUCAUCCAUUACGUCCUACAUUUCUAUUUUCCAAUCCACUCCACCAGUCGAAAUAGACACUAGAGGCCAUGUGUCUUAUAAACACUCGUACCAGUCUUCUCUUCUUGGAGCAGAGGAGACAGUUACAUUAUAUUACUUGCAGAGAAGCCGCAGUACCUCUGCUGGUUGCUCAUAGUUUUGAAUUGGAAUAAUGUUUAAUGUUCAUUUUAAAGAAAAUCAAUUACCGAAAAGUGACAAUGCAUGAUUUUUCUGCCAACCUGUUUUAUUAUGAAAUGAAUGUUUGGCAGUUGGUACACCAGCAACACUAAAAUGUUUUAAAAUGAAUUUCUGUUAAAUGUAUUAUUUGGCCAACAGAAUGCAUCCAAAAAACAAAUCCAGUUAAGUAUCCCUGCAGAUACAUCCCCAUGCAUGACGUGCAUGAAAGAAAAAUCUAAACACUGUCCCAAAAUUCAGUGUCUGUCGCUUCAGUGUCAGUCCUCCUGUGAUGUUAGUCUUGAACAAUUAUCUCUUAUAAGUGAUAUCCAGUAUACAUUCUGUAUGUGUAUAUCUUUAAAAGGACGCCCUUGAACACGGUUUCUCAAACACUUUUUUACCCUUCUGAAUCCCAGCAGUAACAGUACACCAGUGUGAAAUGUUUAUUCUGCCACUGGAACAAAAAACCUUGUUUGUUGUACAUACUGAAUGAAUAAUUUUUGCCCACUUGAGCCCUAGUCAUGGGCUCUGUCUGGGAUGCAUUUUCCAACCAUAUUACUCACUUUCCCUUUACUGUGACCUCAAUGGCACCCUCCACCUCAGCUAACCCAGUGAGACCCCAAUCUUGAUCUAUGUUACAAUGGCAAAUAUCACAAAGGAGACCUUUGGUUUUGACACCGGCCUUGAGUUUCACAUCAGUAUCAAUGUUUUAGCUGAUGGCUUUCAUUGAAAUGAAUGAUGUUUUGUUUUUUUCCUGAAUCUGUGCUGAGAUUUUGUUUUAAUAUAAUAUCUCUGAUGCUUUCCAGGUUAUAUUCAAUUAGAGAAGAUUAUCUUAAUGUUUCGAAUGUAGAUUUAUACUAUACCAGUAAUAGCCAAGUGUAUGUUGGCUUGUUUCUUCUUUUUUUUAAGAAAAAAAAAUCACUUUUGAUACUGUGAAAAAUCUUUCGUUCGGAAAGAUUAAAAACAAUACA